CUCUCUCUCUCGCUCUCUCUCUCUCUCUCUCUCGCUCUCUCUCUCGCUCUCUCUCUCUACAGCUCUGUCUUCUCUCUCUCUGUCUCUCUGUCUCUCUCUGUCUCUCUCUGUCUCUCUCUGUCUCUCUCUGUCAGGUUUCCAGUAAAGUUAAACCCACCUGAGCUCAGAGAGAGUCAGCUGUGAGGAAAAAUUCAUCUCCGUCAUGAGCCAAAUGUGUGGAUUAUAAAAAAGAAGCUCUUCUUGUGACUCCGUGGACGAUGAGGACUCAGUUUUAACUCAACUCAGAAAACUACCAGUUCAUCUGCCUGAUCUGUGCUUUUAUUUCAGAGCGUAUUUUGUCCUGACUGAGUCAACAUGCAGCAGCCUGAAACCCCGCAGAUAGCUCAGCCAACAGCUGCAGAAGCACUGGAUCCAGCAGCUCAGUACCUGCGUCGAAGGAAAACUGCUCUGUGGAUCAGCGUUUCCCUGCUGAAUCUGGGUCUUGUGAUUCUGGCUCUGGGUCUGAUCGCCGCCACUCGCACCGACAACGUGCCUGUCGCUGGAUAUUAUUCCGGCAUCACCCUCAGUUUUGGAGCGUUUCUGGGCAUCGUUGGCAUCCACCUGGUGGAAAACCGCAGACCCAUGCUUGUGGCAUCAAUAGUCUUCAUCAGCUUGGGAGUCAUCGCGUCUUUCUUCUGUGCCAUCGUGGAUGGGAUCAUUGCAUCAGAGUUCAUUGACAUCAGGCCCCUGCAGGAGGACAUGUGUCAUUUUUACUCCAGUGGAUCGGGCUACCUCUACGACAGCUACUAUACUGAGGUGUCAUGUCGUUCAUUCGACAAGACAUGCAAGCUGAAGCUGAGGAGUGACACCUGCUACUGCUGCUAUCUGUACAACUGUGGGAGCACAGACUACCACUCUCAUUACUACGAGUUCACCGGCGUGAGCAGCUGCUGGGACGUCAUCCACCUGCACCGGCUGCUGUGGGCCUCGGUGGUGCUCAGCGUGGUCGGCUUGUUCCUGGGCAUCAUCACCGCCGCCAUCCUCGGAGCGUACAAAGAUAUGGAUAAACCCACUCCACCAGUGGCUCCCAGCCCGGCGCCUCCACCUCACACCCUCUACAACCCGACUCAGCACAUGCUCAGCUACCCCGGCUUCUGUUCUUCAGGGCAAACUCUACCUGCCUACCCCAACUAUCCAAUACCAAUGCAGCACAACAGCAACUACCAGCCACCCAACACCCCCCAGAUGAUGCCAGACGGAGGCCCUACGUCCACGUCCGAGGAGAACCAGAACCAGCAGCCCUCUCUGGUGCCCCCCCAGGCUCAGCCUCAGGGAGCCACCCAGGACCACGGAGGCUUCAUGCUGACCCCCAACGCUCCGGUCCUCUAUGGAGCCUCCUAUAGCCCCUUUGAGAAACCUCCACCUUACGCCUGCUGCAACCUCUGACAGACAUGCAGGGCGCGUUGGAGAUGUCUUCACCUGUCAGACUGAAUAUAGCACAGGACAUUUCAUAGGUGUAGAGAGGAACCACUCAUGUGGGCUUCACAGCUACUGGUUUAAGAUGCUACGUUUCUUGUGUGUCGAACGGCAUUGAACUGAAGACAGACAGAGAUUUAUAGCUGUGUAGUGUGAUUAUAUAGACAUGAGUAAGUCAUUUCCAGUGUAUUUAUUAGAGGAAACGUGCUUAUUUACUUUCUUGUUUAGAAUUGGAUAAGAUUGUGAUCCUGUGAAACUACAGCCAGUAGCUGGUUAGCUUAGCUUAGCACAAAGACAGAAGUAAAGGGAAACAGCUAGCUUCAUGGUUUUAAAGGUUUAUUCCACCCUUAAAUACUACAUUAUCCAAGUACUUAUUGGUUCAAAGGCUUAUUUGAUUCCAAAAUGCUAUAUAAUCCAAGUUUCAUUUUAAAGGUUUAUUCCACCCGGAGUACUACAUUGUCCAAGUACAUAUCGUUUUUAAAGGUUUAUCCCAACUAAAAUAUUACAAUGUCCAAGUACAGACAGUUUUUAAAGGUGUAUUUCACUAAGUAUACUCCAAUGUCCAAGUCCAAACAGUUUUUAAAGAUUUAUCCCACCUAAAAUACUACAGUGUCCACAUACAGACAGUUUCUAAAGGUUUAUUAGACCUAAAAUACUACAAUGUCCAAGUACAGACAGUUUUUAAAGGUUUUUUCCACCUAGAAUACUACAAUGUACAAUAUAUUUGAAAGGUUUAUUCCACCCUAAAAUACUGUUAUCCAAGUAUUUAUUUUACAGACUUAUUUCAUCCCAAAAUACAACAUUAUCAAAGUGCUUUUUGUUUUAAAGGGUCAUUCCAUUCCACUAUACUAUAUUAGCUAAAUCCUUAUCAUUUUAAAGGUUUAUUCCACCCAGAAUACGACAGUAUCCAAGUAAAUAUAGAUUAUAAAGGUUUAUUCUACCCAGAAUACUACUUCCUGUCUUGCAGUUUACAUGAGCUUCAUGUUGGCAAGUGGAUGGGGGUCAUUACAUGUACAUAUACCAUCUUGCUCCAAAAUGUGUUUCUUAAUUCAAUCUGCCACCUCCUUACUUAUCCACUUCACUAGGUGGCGCUGUUACAAAAAAGUUCCUAGAAAUGCAGUCCUGAAACUGCAGCCUCUUUUAUUUUAGUCACAUGCUGCUCACAACUUCAUCUGACUAAUCACAUUAAUUAUUACAUGUUGUAUCUCAAAAAUCCAAAUGUAAAGUGAAUAAGCAAGUUUCUCAACAUUAGUCUUAACCUUUAAGCCUCAAGCUGACCGUCGGAUGUAUUUCAUAUAAAUAUGUGUCUCGUACACUCGACUGUGAUCUGAUAGUUGUUUCUGUCCUAACUUGUGUAGACCAGAUUGCAGGCCCCACUUGUGAACUGUCUCGCUGUUCUCGCCACUGUACAAGCAAUUAAAAGGGCUUUCUUGAAAUGUGAACUGGAGAGCAAACGACGCUCAUGUUGCUGUUACUAAAUCGUGUUUGUGUGAAUAAUUUAAUGUGCACUUUACAGUCAGUAUAUUGCUUGUAUUAUUGAUGACGCAUGUUAACUGCUGUGGGAUGGGAUUGUGUAGCUGCUGCUGCUAUUAAAUACAUUACAUGUUAAACUGGCA